AUUUUAUAUACGAGUUUCACAUACUUUGUAGCUCUGCUCCAAGUAUACGUUUUUCCUAGGUACACCUUUGUGAUUUUGGCUUUCUCCUUGAGUUCAGUAUGUCCUCUCAGAAGUCCACUGAGGUUGAAAAUGCUAGUGAUUUUAGAGUUCACGUGUUCUCUUCAUCAUCCGAGUUGCUUGAAAAGCUUCAUCAAAGAUGGAGUUCAGUGGAGAAACAACCAUACCCAGCAAUGUAUUCUAGUAUAUAUGGAGGUAUCACACUUGAUCCAGCAAUGAUGGUAAUCCCCAUCGAUGAUCACAUGGUACAUAGAGGGCAUGGUGUGUUUGAUACGGCUAUUAUUUUAGAUGGAUACCUCUAUGAGUUGGAUGUUCACCUUGAUCGCUUCUUAAGGUCAGCCUCCAAAGCAAAGAUACCCUCUCCCUUUUCUCGGUCAACACUUCACAGCAUUCUGAUACAACUAGCUGAAGUAUCAAAAUGCAAGAAAGGAACUCUAAGAUACUGGCUGAGUGCAGGUCCUGGUGAUUUCUUGUUGUCAUCAGCAGGAUGUCCAACAUCUGCAUUCUAUGCAGUAGUCAUUGACCAAGAUGUUUCCCAGCACAAAGAAGGGGUUAAAGUGAUUACUUCCACAAUACCAAUGAAGCCACCACUAUUUGCUACAAUGAAAAAUGUGAAUUAUCUCCCUAAUGUCCUUUCAAUAUUGGAAGCUGAAGAGAAAGGAGUAUUUGCUUCUAUAUGGGUUGAUGAGGCAGGUUAUAUUGCUGAAGGUCCAAAUGUGAAUGUUGCUUUUAUAACUCAAGAAAAAGAACUUGUCAUGCCUUUGUUUGAUAAUAUCCUACAUGGUUGCACUGCAAAAAGGCUUCUUGAACUGGCACCUAAAUUGGUUGAUCAAGGGCUUCUGAAAGGUGUAACAACAAAAAAUCUAACUGUGGAUGAAGCUAAAGCUGCUGCUGAAAUGAUGUACGUAGGAAGCACACUUCCUGUGUUGCCUAUCAUCAUGUGGGAUGAUCAACCUAUUGGCAAUGGAAGGGUUGGAGAAUUAACAAUGUUACUUUCUGAUUUGCUAUGGGAUGAUAUGGUAGCUGGCCCUGACACACACAGAAUACCUGUUCAUUACGUUUAGUGAACCUACAAAGUCGUCAAAUAAAAUGCCUGGAACAGCUUUCUUCUUAUUUUAACAUGUUGUGUUCCUAGGAGUUCUUAUUGUUGCACAGAUUUACGGAGAGGUUUCUCUUUGAUUUGCUUUAUGUAUUUCAAUUGUGAAUAAGUCCUGAAGUGAAGCAGCUGAAGUUUCAUGCAACACAAAAUUUAUGUUCCACUUUGUUGUAAUCAAGACUCUGCACUGCAGAGUACAGACUUGUUAAGUGUUUGUUUAUAA